AUCUUUCUCUCUCUCCACUUUUUUUCCUCACUCUAUAAUAACCUAACCCUUUUCCACCAUCAUCAUAUCAUAUCAUAUAUCUUUCCUUUCUCACCUCUCAUCAUCAUGAAUUCUCAACCCUACUUCUCCAACAACUUCAAUGGUUAUUAUUUUGACCUAAAUAGCCCUCCAUUCUAUAAUUUCCCAUCUAGUUUCCAUCAAAACAACAUAUCUUUCUCAUCUCCAUCUCCACCACCUCCAAGAGAAGCUCUUCCUUUACUUAACCUAAACCUAAACCCUACAAAACAUGAAGAUCUUCUUGAAUCUUCCUUUUCUUCCAUGGAAAUGAUGAACAUGAAAGAGAAAGAACAACUAAGUAUAUCAUCAAACUCUCUAGAUGAUGUUGAUGAUGAUGUUACUGUUGCUUUACAUCUAGGGCUUCCAAGUAUAGCUUCAUCUGAUUUGGCUUCUGAGAAAGAAGAUGAUGAUGAAAAAGUUGUAACUGUUGCUUCUGAGUGUCCACCAAGUAAAAUUAAUAGGGGUCAGUAUUGGAUCCCUACCCCUGCUCAGAUUCUUAUUGGCCCUACACAGUUUUCAUGUCCUCUUUGUUUCAAAACCUUCAACAGAUACAAUAACAUGCAGAUGCACAUGUGGGGACAUGGAUCACAAUAUAGAAAAGGACCAGAAUCUCUAAGAGGAACACAACCAACAGCCAUGUUAAGACUCCCAUGUUAUUGUUGUGCCACAGAUUGCAAGAACAACAUAGACCAUCCAAGAGCAAAGCCACUAAAAGAUUUCAGAACACUUCAAACACAUUACAAGAGAAAGCAUGGAAUAAAACCCUUCAUGUGUAGAAAGUGUUGCAAAGCAUUUGCAGUGAGAGGAGAUUGGAGAACUCAUGAGAAAAACUGUGGCAAGCUUUGGUAUUGUUGUUGUGGGUCAGAUUUUAAGCACAAAAGGUCACUUAAAGAUCAUAUAAAGGCAUUUGGAAAUGGACAUAAAGCUUAUGGGAUUGAUGAUCAAGAUGGGUCUGAAAUUGAGCAAGAAAAUGAAUCUUUUCAGUCAUAGUUUUGAUGUUUUUUGGUAUAAAGACAAGACAGGUGUGGAUGGAGAGGAUUCAUAUCUUUUGCACUAAUUAUAUUGUUGACUAUGACUUCUAUAUCACUAUAAUUUUCAUUUUGUCUUCUUUUUAUUAAUUUCAUUUUGUCUUUGUGUUUGCAAUUUUUGCAUUUAUAUGUUUUGGAUUUUGGUGUCUCUCUUUCUCAAAUCUCAAGUAUUUCUAGAUGGCAUAAAUGCUAACU